GUCAAAGCUGAUCAAGUAAAAAAGAACGGAGAAAGUAUGUUUCGUGGGAAGUUAAAAUUUCAAUUUAUUUCAGCUUCCUCCAAUUUUUUGGCUUUUUAUGUCUAUCAAACGACUAUUCAAAUCAACAAUUCCUCCUAAAAAAAAAAAAAAACUUUGUACUACUUCUAGAAUAUAGUAAAAUUUUACUCUCUAUUUACGUAUAGUAUUAUAUUAUAUAUAUACUCCUCCCUGUAGCAUUUGUAUAAUACAAUCUUCUUCCUAUCUUCUCACUACUCCAUCUUUAAAAAACAAAUGGAGCUGGUGCUUGUACCAACACCAGGAAUGGGCCACCUUCUCUCCGCCGUAGAAUUAGCCAAACGCAUCCUCGACCGCGACCACCGCAUAUCGAUCCUCAUCCUCAUCUUCAACAACAUCCCCAUGAGUUCCCAAACGCUCAACUCCUUCGUCGAUUCCCAAUCACGUGACAAUGCUCACCCUACUCGCCUCACCUUCUAUUCUUUACCACCCCUUUCCAACCCUCCUGACCCCACCUCCCCCAACUUCUUUCAAACACUCAUCAGCCUCCAUAAACCACUCGUUAAAACUGCUGUCGAGGACAAAGUCAAGGCCGGCAGCCUUGCCGGGUUUGUCCUCGACAUGUUUUGCACUACCAUGAUUGAUGUUGCUGAUCACUUCAUGGUCCCCUCGUAUAUUUUCUUCACUUCCGGAGCUAGUAUGUUAAAUCUUUUAUUUCACUUCUUUAUGUUGGAAGAUGAUCAAGGGGUUGACAUCGCUGCUAAACUCAACGACCCGGAUAUCGAGUUCGAUGCAGCCGGAUUCGUUAACCGGGUCCCCGGGAAAGUCGUCCCUGAAGGGUUAGUCAGCAAGGAAUUUGGGUCUUUCAGGUUUCUUGAUCAAUUUUGUGAGUUUAAAAAAUCCAAGGGUAUAAUAGUAAAUACGUUCACUGAGCUUGAAACGUUUGGUGUACAGUCUUUGUUCGAUCAAGCGAGUAAGAAUGGUAUGCCGGCAUUUUAUCCUGUGGGUCCCAUCUUGGAGCUCGAUACUAAGCACCGGGGUGGGCACCGAGUUGAUGAUGAGGAGUCCAUUAUAAAAUGGCUAGAUGAUCAACCUUCAUCUUCGGUAGUGUUUCUCUGCUUCGGGAGCAUGGGAAGCUUCGAUGAGGAACAAGUGAUAGAGAUAGCUAACGGCCUAGAGAAGUCCGGACAUCGGUUCUUGUGGUCCUUACGAAAACCACCACCCGAGGGUAAACUUGGACUUCCAAGUGAGAACGAAACAUUUGAGGAAGCAUUACCUGAGGGCUUUCCAGACCGCACGGCUGAAAGAGGGAAAAUUAUAGGGUGGGCACCACAAGUCUCGAUCCUAGGCCAUAAGGCCUUAGGAGGGUUCGUGUCACAUUGUGGUUGGAACUCGACAUUGGAGAGUUUGUGGUUUGGGGUGCCUAUGGCUACAUGGCCGUUGUACGCGGAGCAACAAUUGAACGCGUUUGAGCUAGUGAAGGAGCUUGGACUAGCAGUGGAGAUUAGGAUUGAUUAUCGACGUGAUUGGAAGACUAGGAAAGGUAACUUUAAGGUGACCGCGGAGGAGAUUGAGAAUGGGGUGAACAAGUUGAUGAGUUUGGAUGAGGAGACGAAGAACAAAGUAAGGGAAAUUAGUGACAAAAGUAGAAAUGCAUUAGAAGAUGGUGGUUCAUCUCAUAAAAGGUUGGGUCAAUUUAUUGAAGAUGUUUUGAGCAACGUUGCUUAAAGUCUUGUGUGUAAUUGUCUAUUAUUAUCAUUUGUUUAUGAUAUUUGUAUUAAUCAUGUACUUUGUAUUAGAUUGUUAUCCAUGUUCAAUUUAUCAAGCCGUAUGUUUUCUAUUGCAAACUAAUUGCAUUUAGUUAAUGUAAACCUUAACUUACUACUCUAGUUACCGUAUACAUUAUCUAUCAUAUUGUUUUUUUUUUUUUUUUUAACAAUUAAAUCAUCUAUCGUAUCAUUCAUAUGUUAUAUACAGUACUUU